AUGGAGGUUCAGCAGAACCCCAUUUUCGAAGAUGCCCCCAUGGAAGAGCCCUGGAGCGGGGUUGAAGGGCCAGAGGGGACUGUAGUGAGAGAGGAUGGGCCUCAGACGGAAGCAGAAAGGCCUCUGGAAGAAAGCACCCGAAUGGAUGUGCUAGAGGCGCCUGCUGCAGACCAUGAAUGGGCUCCCCCUUCCAGUCUGGAUCCUGCGUCCAGGCUGCCGUCCAAUCUGCACAAUCGGGUGGCUGCCAUCUCAGAUGAUGAUUGGCUGCACGACAGGGAUCUUGCCGACGCCCUAGAUAGCCACAGGUCAAAGUCAUCGUCCUCAUGGUUGGUGUUUGCGGGCCUUGCUUACAAGAGCAUCGGCAUUGUGUACGGCGAUCUCGGCACAAGCCCGAUGUACUUGUGGCAGACGUGCUUCACGAAGACUGCCACAGAGGAGGACAUCAUUGGCGCCCUGAGCCUGGUCCUCUGGACUCUCAGCUUGAUAAUCUUCAAGUACGUCGUCGUCGUUCUUCCCGCCAAUGACAUGGGAGAAGGCGGGACGUUCGCCAUCUACUCCCUGCUGUGCCGCUACACCAAGAUCACCAUCUUCGGCCUCAAACACGACUCCGACAAGGCCCUGUCCGUGUACCACCAGGACCCGAAACGCCCCAAGAAGAAGCGGAGCCACCCCGGGCGCGCCGUCGGCAAGGCCCUCGAAAAGAGCCCGGCCCUGCAGAAGAUGCUGCUGGUCUUCGUCCUGUGCGGGACGUGCGCGCUCGUGGGUGACGGCGUGCUGACGCCAGCCGUGACGGUGCUGUCCGCCAUGACCGGGCUGCAGGUUCCGAAGGAGCUGCUCAGAGAGGACGGCUCGGCCAUCAUUCCCAACGGCGCCGUUAUUGCCGCGACUUGCAUCAUUAUGGCCAUCAUCUUUGGGUGCCAAAGACUCGGCACAAACAGGAUCAGCUUCAUCUUCGCUCCGAUCCUGAUCAGCUUCUUCGUCCUCAACGCGGGCAUCGGGAUGUACAACAUCCACACGUGGAACCCUGCCAUCUUCAAGGCGUUCUCCCCACACCACGGCAUCAUGUACCUUGUUCGAAACAAGAAGGAAGGGUGGAUCAGCUUGGGCGGUAUCUGCCUCUGCAUCACGGGCGUGGAAGGCCUCUUCGCGGACCUGGGACACUUCAACGUACAAGCGAUCAGGGCAAGCACGCUCACGGUGGUCUACCCCAGCCUCCUCCUGAUCUACCUCGGCCAAGGGGCGUACCUGUCCCGAAACCCGGGCGACACUCCCCAGGCGUACUUCAAAGCCAUUCCAGAACCCGUGUUCUGGCCCGCUUUUGUUCUUGCUACGCUGGCAACUAUGGUGGCUAGCCAAGCCAUUACCUCUGGCGUCUUCUCCAUCAUCUCGCAAUCCAUGUCGCUCCAGUGCUUCCCCAAAAUGAAGGUCAUCCACACGUCCAAGACGGUGCAAGGCCAGAUCUACAUCCCCAAUGUCAACUGGGCGCUCAUGACUCUCGGCAUCGCCUGCGUGCUCGGCUUCUCGUUGCCACAGCCGUCCGAUAUGCCUCUCAACGGAGACGCUUUGGGCCACGCGUUCGGUAUUGCUGUGAUGUGCGUAAUGAUCAUCACCACGUGCCUCGUGACGCUCGUGAUGCUCGUUAUCUGGCGGACCCACGUGGUGGUCAUUGCGAUAUUCUUCGGCUGGUUCAUGUUCAUGGAGUCGAUCUACCUCUCGUCCAACUUGUUCAAGCGGCAAGCGACAUAA